UUCUUCCUCAUCCUCUCUCCCCCUCUCCCUCUUCCUCUCCCUCUCCCUCUCCGUUGGCGUCGGACUUCGAAUGAGUCAGAUCAGGUAAGAAAUGGCGAAGAAGGACAGCUCUCGUCACGGCCUCGUCGACACCAUGCUAAGCGACUCCAGAUGGCGAGCCCUAGCCCCCCUCUGCUGCUCCCUCUCCAUGGCCGCCAACCACUCCCCUUCCUCCCCUUUCCUCCGCCACCACUCCGCUGACUCCGCCGUCUUCGCCUUUCCCGCCUCCUGGUCCUCCGACGACUGGAUCCUCCCCGGCGCCCGCUCCCACUUCGGCGAAACCGACGUCGAUGCCGCCCUCUUCCCCUCCAUCAAGAGCGUCGGGAACGACGCCGCCGCCGCCGUCAACGGAGCCUUUCUCCGCUUCUUCAAAAAUCUGCUCGAGAUUUCUCCGCUUUCAACCGAGGUGCAACGAGCUGCUUCUGAAAAAAAGCAGAUCGUGUUCGCUGGGCAUUCUUCUGGAGGCUCAAUUGCAGUCCUUGCAACCAUCUGGUUCCUCGAACAAAAUAGAAAAUUCAACAUCUCACAUGGUCAGGCUGAUCCUUUCUGUAUCACAUUUGGGACUCCCCUUGUUGGAGAUGGUGUUUUUGUUCAUGCUCUCCAGCGCGAGGAUUGGGCUCGCUUGUUCUUGCACUUUGUCAUGUUAGGUGACAUUGUUCCGCGCUGUUUGAUGUCACCUUUGUCGAAUUUGGAUGAAGAAUUCCAAGGGAUUCUGCAUUUCCUGUGCCCAAAACCAAUGCACUUCAGUUCAAAGCCUGCUGUGAGCUCCCCGGUCACCUUCUACAGAACAGUGCUGAGGAAUGCUCUUUCCAUAUCAAACCAUCAGGCCUGUUUCCUAAUGGGAUGCACAAACCCUUUGCUAGAAGUUCUAACUGGCUUCGUCAAGUUUACUCCUUAUCGACCUUUCGGAACCUAUGCUUUUCAUAGCAGUGAUGAUGACAAACUAAUCUAUCUGAAGAACUCUAACUCCAUUUUGCAUUUGCUUUUUUACUUUUUCCAAAGAGACCCAGGACAGGAUGUAGAAGAGAUUGCUCAGAGGAGUUUAGAGGAGCAUCUUCUCUAUGAAGUAAGGAUUAAAAGGCUCUUUGAUUCGCAGAACACUGUGUCCAUGCACUCUCUAGAUGCGAUUCCUCUCUCCUUUAGUGAUGCUCUUAACGAAGAGGCUCAAUCGCUCGAAACACUGCUCAAAGAGAUUGAUUUGAGUUCAGAAGCUAGGCUGCAUUUACAUGCUGCCGCAGAAUGGGAGAACCAGAGACUCAAGAACCAGGCCAAAGUCGAUUCCAACUAUAACAAAAUACAAGAAUCUCUAAACUUCCUUAAAGAAUACCGAGCUACAUGCGAGCUUCGAGGACGAGGUUACUACGACACCUUCAAACUUCAGAAGGAUGUGGAAGAUUUCAACACCAAUGUGAAGAGACUUGAGCUGGCUGGACUGUGGGAUGAGAUAGUUGAGAUGUUGCGAAGGUAUGAACUCCCAGAUGGAUUUGAUGGGAGAAAGGAAUGGGUGAACUUGGGCACUCAGUACCGCCGUCUGGUCGAACCACUUGACAUUGCCAAUUACUACCGGCACUCUAAGAAUGAGGAUACAGGGCCAUACAUGGUGAAAGGCAGGCCAAAACGUUACCGAUACACACAGAGAUGGCUCGAGCAUGCUGAACGGGCGCCUGCUAGCUCCAGCGUAGAGUCAUGCUUCUGGGCAUCUGUCGAAGAGCUCUGUAUUGAAACCGGGGAUAACAAGCCUUUCCCGGAAGUGAAAACAAGGGUGCUGGAACUCGAACAAGAAGUGCUUCGGUGGGUAAAUGAAGGCAAAUUGGGCCGAGAUGUGUUCCUUAGUGACUCCACCUUCGCAAAGUGGUGGAUGACUCUUCCAUUGCAACACAGGUUAGGGUCCUGCAUUGCCAAGUUCAUGAGUGUCGAAGACAUGCUGGGGAAGUCAAACCAGUGACAUUCGAUGCCUCUAUAUGUAAUAGACUUAAAGCUCAUAGGCAGUUACCAUGACUUCAGUAGUAGUUGUGAGAAAUUUGAUACUUAAGUUAAAAGAACAAUGUAUAUGUUUUAAACUCCACUGAUAUCGAGUUAAUCAUCCAGAGAAAUAUCUUAAAUGUCUAGUCUAAUUUGUAUAUUAGCAUUGUAGCCGAACUUGUUCGCGGCAAUAGCAAGAUACAAUUGUUCUAUCUCA